GGCGCUCCGCGGUCGCCCGGGCCCCGCCCCCGCCGGAAGGACUCGCGCGCCCCGGGGCUGCGGGCGCACUUGGCUGGGGCUCAGCCACUGGGUUGGGCUCCCCCGGGUUGGGGUCCGCGCUCGGGUGGGGUCGGCGGUCCUUCCCGCAUGGAGCGCGCCGAGCGCCUGCAGGCGGCGCGGGCCCGGGUGCCCAGGGUGGAUCCCUAUGGGUUUGAAAGGCCUGAGGACUUUGAUUAUGCAGCUUAUGAAGAAUUCUUUUCCACAUAUCUGGUAAUUCUCACCAAGAGAGCAAUAAAAUGGUCGAGACUGCUGAAGGGAGGCCGUGGCGUCCGGAAAAGCAGCACAGUGAAACGCUACGUCCGGAAAGGGAUCCCGCUGGAGCACCGGGCCCGUGUCUGGAUGGCAGUGAGUGGAGCCCAGGCCCAGAUGGACAAGAACCCUGGCUACUACCACCGACUGCUCCAGGGUGAGAGGAGUUCCUGCCUGGAGGAGGCCAUCAGGACAGAUCUGAACCGGACCUUCCCUGACAACGUGCGGUUUCGGAAGACAGCCGAGCCCUGCCUGCAGAAGACCUUGUACAACGUGCUGCUGGCGUAUGGGACACACAACCGAGGCGUGGGGUACUGCCAGGGAAUGAACUUCAUAGCAGGAUAUCUGAUUCUCAUAACAAAGAAUGAGGAAGAGUCUUUUUGGCUCCUGGACGCUCUUGUUGGAAGGAUACUGCCUGAUUACUACAGCCCUGAGAUGCUAGGCCUGAAGACAGACCAGGAGGUCCUUGCGGAGCUGGUGAGGCUGAAGCUGCCGGCAGUGGCAGCCCUGAUGGAGGGACACGGUGUGCUGUGGACCCUGCUGGUGUCCCGCUGGUUCAUCUGCCUGUUUGUGGACAUCCUGCCAGUGGAGACAGUGCUACGCAUCUGGGACUGCUUGUUCAACGAAGGCUCCAAGAUCCUCUUCCGGGUGGCCCUGACUUUGAUCAAGCAGCACCAGAGGUUCAUCCUGGAAGCCACCAGCGUCCCAGACAUCUGUGAUAGGUUCAAGCAGAUCACCAAGGGGACCUUUGUGACCGAGUGCCACACGUUCAUGCAGGCGAGUUUUGCAGAGGCUCAACCUUCGGGGGCUCCACAGGCCCUCCCUGCCUGCAGCCUGCCUGUGUGCUGGACCUGGGCUUCUGCUGGACCCCUCUCUCCAGGAGGGCUCCACCAUCUUCCAGCUGUAGCCAGCUCUCCUCUCCUGUGGCCUGCCAGGGUGCCGGCACAAUUCCCCUUACCCAUCCUUGUCUGAGGCUACCUCUGACCACCUAGAGGGCCAGGUCAGAAGGGUGGGCACAAGAACACAGGCCUGCCUGCCUGUGCUCUGGUUUCCUGGGGUCUGGGAGGCUGGUACCAUGUCAGCCAGGCUGGCCGCUGCCGUGCGCUGACUCGUCCAAGCCUGUUCAGGGCUCUCCUGAUCAUUCUGCCUGUAGCAGGCCAUCUCUUCUCAGCCUUCAUGCUCUGACCUCACCUUGGCCUGAUGGGCUGUCCCUGUCUGUGGCUCCCUGCUGAGUCCUGAGCCUGACUGUGCAGACAGACUCAUGUGGGAUCUGCACCGACAGGCCUUCUGGGGCAGUUGCAGGGCUGGGCAAGGCCGUGAGCAGAGCUCAAGGGGCCUGUUGCACGUUUUAACAUCUUACUUGAAAUACAGAUUCAAAGGAAGUGGGGGACGCACCUUGGGGUUCACCCCACACAGCCUCGGCUAGGUGCCAGGAGAGCUGGGGACAUGGCUUCAGGAGCCCCGCAAACUGCAGAGCAGUGAGCAGGUGGCACUCCUGCCGGAGUCUUGACUGGCUCUUCUUCUGCCUUGUGGUGGGUGGUACCAGUGAGCGUGGCCCGAGCGCAGGAGAGUGGCCCUUUGCCUUGGGGCACAGCCUGCAGCAGGUGGGCUCCUGCUCCCAGCAGGCUCUGGCAGAGCUGCACCUCCCGUGCUGCGGGGUUCUCGGCAUCACGUGCUGUGCUCUGCGUGUGGCCUGUGGCGUGCGAGUGGUUCUGCUGGGCACACCCUCUGUGCUGUGGGCAGCAUCUCAUGUGAACCCCUAGCCUAGGGUCCGCUCCACUGGCUCUGGUCACUAGGAACUAGUGCCCUUGGAGGGGCAGUGCUGGCCCCUGCUCAGGGCUCCUCCAGGAGAUGUUCCAAGUGGAACGUUAGCAGGCAUGACACCGUGGCCUCUCUCUGGGGCACUGAGCACUGGCCCUGGGGCAGUGGCAGUGCAGUCCAUAGGCUUAGCCUGAGUCAGGAGCAGAGACUUGCAGAGAGACCAGACUCCAUGACCUCCGAGCUGGAGGUCUCAGCAGCAGCAGACGCCCAGUCCCUGGGCUGACAGAACACCUGGGAGCACAUGUCCUGGGGUGUCCCACAGCCUUGGGCUGGCAGAAAGGACCAUUUAGGGGACUGGAGUCAGGAGUGCAUUCUCAGAGGCCUUGCUAAGUGUGCCCACAUGCACUGGAUUUGUUUUGGCUUUCUCUGGCCAAAUGAAGUGCCAGUUGCCUCCCCCCAGUAAAGGGCCAGAAACCUGUGGCCAUCUCCGGAGGGACCCCAGGAGUUGGCCCUGGGGCUGCCCGUCAGUCUUCCCUCAGCACCAAGGCCAAGCGGCAGCAUAGGUGUCUUGGGUUGGGCCUUACCUUCCUGGAAUUGGUGCUUCACCCUUUUUGCAGUACAGCUGUAGCAGACAGCAGGUGGCCCCGGCUUCCCAGGUGGGCAAGGCCCUGUCGUCCUCAGCCACAGGUUUGAAUUGGGAAGUGGACCAAGGGAGACGAGCGUGGCCCAGCAGCACUCUGGGCAGUUGCUGGGUACGUGGCCCCACAGCCUCCCUCCAGGUCGACAGCAGGCAAGCGGGCUCCAGGAGCCUCGCCCGUCAGUGUCCCCAGGAUGGUUUUCCUAGGUAGCUGCCAGCGGCCCCUCCUGUGCAGAAAGUCACAAGGGUCUUAGAAUCCACAUUGUGGGAAAGCCUUUGUCAUUCCAGGGCUUUUGGAACUUUGGAAAACAGAAUUUGAUUCUGAUCUUUUGUGAAUAACUGAUUUUUUUACAUGACCAGUUACUUCCUCAUGGUGGGUUCUAUGGGAUUAAGGGUCCAAACGUUCUUCCCAUGAAGACUCAGGAGCAGCAUUGGUGAAAACAGGCCUGGCCGUGUGUGGUUUGCGUGAGGCAGCGUCAGGCGACCUCGGGAUCGUUUGGAUCUUGAUGCCAAGUUAGAGAAGCCCACUGGGAGAAGUUUCUGGGUAGCGGUGGGGGUCAAGGAUGCGCGGGGCAGACCGGGCCAGAAGACCUGGCGAAGCUGCGACACUGCAGCCUGCAGAGCUCUGCCCCUGCUUGGGACGCCCCACUGGAGUCAGAGCCCCAAGCGCCCCAGGACAAAGACGUUCACAGGGCUUCCAUGCCGCCCAAGGGUGAGGCAGGGCACAUGGGGACGGCAAGGGGCUGGUGGGCUUGGCUGUUCUCAGGGUCGCUGCAGGUUUCUGUGUUCCUGCUUGAGUCUGUGAAGCCGGUAGUGACAAACGUCCCCCCAGGAGUCGCAGUCUGGACUCGUGCCGUGUGCAUGCCAUUGGUCACUGGCUCCCACCUCCCUCUCAAAGCCUGAGUCCUCUUGUCUUUGCGGUGGGCAGUGACCCUUGCCAAGCACAGGGAUCAGAGGGGUACGCAUGGCCCAAGAGAGCCAGUGCUGCAUGCAGGUCCGCCUGGCUUCUGGGUGAACUGACAGCCCAGCCCUGCAGCAUGUGACACUCAGGCUGGCUGAGUGUGUGGCUGCCUGGGCAAGGGGGGGUGGACGCUGUGGUCAUUGUGGAUACAGAGCCCACCGGCCCGGCUCCUCUGAACUGGCCCUGCAGGGAAGGCUGGUGGCUCCACACCAUAAGGUGUACUUGGUGAGCACCGGCCAGUGGCUUCGUCCUCUUGCUGUUCCGAACAAGGUGGAAUGUAUUAUCGGGCUGACCUGUCUUUAAAUGGUUUCUCUUCCAGAAAGUGUUCUCGGAGCCAGGGAGCCUGUCCAUGGCCACCAUCACCAGGCUGCGGGAGAGCUGCCGGGCCGCACUGCUGGCACAGGGCUGAGCCUCUCCCUCCUCCCUGCCCUUCACUGCCCACUGGCCCAUGACCAUUCCUACUGCUUUCGUCAGUGCUGUAAAUACCUAGUAUCACUACGCUGUAGUGGUGGGUUUUUAGAGAUUUUAAAUCCUGUCACUCUAUACCCUUUUGGUUAUUAGCUAUGGAAUCAGGUUUCUAAAGAAAAGUUAUUUUUGACUUCCCUGACACCGGAGUACAUGAACUCUGAGAUGGCGUUUGUAUUUAAUAAAGUGCGUCAGCCUGUGAGCUGACCGGGUCACACCUGAGCCCUCUGUGUGUCAGGAUGGCAACCCUGUGCGGUCCUUGCCGUGUGGGGUCUGCAGGCAGCACACGGGCCUCAUACGGCGGGCUCUUAGAGCCACUGCUACACAGGGAGGCUGGACCCCUCUAGCCAUCCCAGCUGACAAGCAGAGAUCUCCACAGCGGCACCCAGGUGGGGAAGGGGAGAGACGGUGGGGGUGACAGGCUAGGCACCUGCGCGGUCCGGAACUGGCGCCCGCUCAGCAGGGUCACUCUGACCCGUCUCCUCCAGUAGGUCCUGCGCCAGUCUGGCCCCUUCCAGGCUCUCAGGCUGCUCUGCGAGGGGCUCCUCACAGGGUGGGCUACCUCAGUGCCCCCAGGUCCACUAGACGGAGCAGCACUGCUGGAGGAGGAGCUUGGGGUGCCUGGCAGGCUGUCUUUAGAGCCAAUGCCCAAGGUUCCCAGAGCCUCAGUGCACAGGGUUCUGCUUCAGAAGACGGAAGGCCAGCUUGUGCCCUACGCUCCUGGUUCCAGCCGGUAGUGUAUCCCACUGCACCUCAUGGAGACCAGAGGAGGUGCCAGCCCUGAGCACUGAGGAUGGGGAGGCAGCCUCUUCAGAGCCACGCGCUUCUCCAGUCUCAAGCCUGCCUUUCCGAGUGCAGCAGCUCUGAUGUAUCUGUUGGCCUUCUAUGCCUCUCAUAAGCAAACAGGAAGUUGGUGAGAACAGCACCCCACAAAGUGGAGGGGCAGACACCAAGCUGCACGAGCACAGCACAGCCUGCGCUGCAGGCGGGGGCCAGCACGGCCUCUUCUCCCCACAGCCCACUCGAGCAUCUGUGGUUCUGACAGCCUGGCCACUGCGGUCACUCAUGACCCAGUGUGCUCAGGUUACUGCCCGGGGGGAGGCUGACUAUCCUUACGGCUCUCCUACACCAAGGUGGAGGAAGCAGGCCCUGCUCUGGCCGCUGCCCACACCUCCUAUCUGCAGACCCCAGCAGCACUCCACUGUGGCACACAUGGCGCCUGGCAAGAGACGAGUGCAGACAGACGAAGAAAGAGACUUUUUAUUAGCAUCAUUACAGGCAGCGUGUCGCAUGUGAGCCGACCCUCAGUGUGCAACCCACCCAAGCCGCAGCGCAGACGUCAGUGGUGAGUCUAUUAUUGUACGCAGUGCAGAAACAGAGUCACCCUGAAUGCCGACAGAAGACGGAAAAUCACUUUACAAAAAGUAAAUAAAAAUAACACCCUUUCUAUACUUAGAAAAGUGCCAGCUCUUGGGCGGCAAAGCAUGGGAACACUGAGGGUCACACCAAGCCUGGGCACCACCUCAGCAUGUGGGCCAGCCUUCCUGAAAAAGCUUGACCUGAGCAUCCAGAUGUUCACCCUCGGCACCUCCACGGUAGCGCCUUCCUGGCGCUGCUGUUUUUAAUUUCCUAAGCAUGCCAGUCUAACGUCAGCCACCUGCACCAGGCUCAAGUGUUCAGACCAGAGACUUCCCUUUGUAAGGCUUAAAUCUGAGCAAAGAAUGGAGAAACCAACACCAAAUCUUAACAGUCGAAUCAAAGUGGAGCUGCGCCACGUCAGCAAAGCACAACUGCCUCCUUAGAGCUCUACUUUGGUGAAUAUUAACGUUGAACCAGUUAGCAAGAUAUUUAACCCAGUUAGCAGAAUUAACACCGUCAUUUCAAUAGUUACUCUUUUGUGCAUAGUAAAUGUUGCAGGAUGAACUUCACAUUUGAUAAAGCAAUUUGAAAACGGUUUGCCAGAGAGUAUGCCCCCCUCCACACCAAUCUAAGCUCGGGGACAUGAAAACAGACCCCUGCCUCUGCUGUCUGCGGCACACCUGCCAGCCUGCUAAAUUGUCUGGUAGCCAGCAUGACUCCUCUUCCUGCCGAUGAGGUAGGCGAUGAGGACGAUGAGGACAAGCCCCGCCAGGGCACCCCCCACGGCGAUGGGGAUCAGCAUGUUGUUCCCAUCGAGCAGACACUCUUCCACUGCAAGACAGGCAGGCACGCACCACUCACCACAGGGCCCGUCCCCUACCUGCCGGUCCUCCCCAGCCAGCGGGGAAAGAGCCACUCAGGUGAAAGGCCUCCAUUCCAGACAAGUGUCACUGGGCAAGUCACUACGGGGAUGGGCGCUCUCCACCCUGCUGGGGAUUUACAGGAGUGCCUCACCCCAGAUUAGAGGAUGUGCCAACCAGCGAGAUGUGACUGGCUGCCCGUGCUGAACUCAGCCCAGGACCCCUUGCACUCAGCAUCCAUAGCACCACCUCCAUUUCUGAAAUAGUGCCUCUGUCAAGGGAGUCCUGUGCCUCACCCGUCAGGCAGUUUGGGUCCUUGUAAAGCAAGGGGAAAGGGUUUUCUCCAGAAUCUCUCCAUGGGAAGAGAGUUCUUUGAAAGGGAAAAGGAAGCCACAGUCCCCAGUGCCCGGCGGCACAACUGGGCGAGGUCUGAUGUGCUGCUGCCACCCCCCCACCACAAGUGCCACCCCAGACCCACUUACCAGACCCAAACCGGUCACCUUCCACCUUGAAGGCCUGGACCCACACGCUGAAAACGUUGAGGGAGAAGGCCUGGGUGACGCGGAUGUGCUCCUCAGUGUUACACCUGUAGGAGUGCCCAAUGGUGGCCUGCAGGGCUCUCAGUGAGGUGUUGGUGGCUCCAAAGGUGGGCUCUGCAAAGCAGUCAAGAGUCAGUCCCCGGGCCACUGUGGCUAGGGCCUGGAGAAUUGUGGGGUCUUACCUUUGGCGUCAGGAAAAGUUGCAUUCAGCUGGAUCCCUUGUAGGAAAAACCGGCUAGAGCUUGCAUUCUGAGAGGCGAAAGAGGGCGCAGUCACCCAGGAGAUCUGCACAAGCUGUUAACCCACUGGUGCCUGGUCAUCCACCAGACAUUCUGCAUUCCUUGCUUCAGGACAAAGCUGUGCAUCCUAUUAUCUUAAAAGCACCAUGACUCUAGGGAGCACAACUUUUAUGGUUCUUUCCAGACCUUUUCAGGGAUUCAGAUUCUCUGCUAAAAUUGGGAUUGCAAGAGCCAUCUUGUAAAAAACUGAACUUUUUUUGAAAGGGUAAAGUUAAAAUUUAAGAGACCCAACUGUUAAAUCAAUUCAUUUACAUAGCAUUAAACUGAGAAUACCUAUGAGUGGCUCUUACGUUCUUCCUAUUUUACUGUCUGACUCUGCAUACCAUGGUUCUUCCCAGGCAGAGGGCACAGGACAUGGAAACACCAUCACAGGAAGCAGGUAGCAGCACAGGGCCCCCGUCAGCAACCUGUGCCCUGAGGGCUGUGGCUGUUCCAUGUCCCCUUUCUUCUCUGCAGGCACCCUGGCUGUCAGCCCUACACAGAACUUUCUGAAAUGUCUGCAGAAUAAAUGAACCAUGGUGUGCAGUGAUGAGAAAGUAGGAGGGGAACUCAGGGCAGCAGAGUCUGUGCUUCUGGAGGCAGAGCCGUAACUGCUGGACUCUGAACCAUAGACUCAGCUCACACACAGCAGCCUGCAAUAACCCGGGCACCCCAGCAGGCAAGAAGAGUGCCUGACACUGCUGCAAGGGCAGGAGAAAGCUGGCAGGAGAAAGACCCCAGCGAGUAGCCUCACCAUCCCAAAUCGCAAGACCAGGACCAUGCCCCUCUUGCUCUGCAGCUCCAGGGUCACCAGGAAGGCACUGCAGUUCCCGCUGGCUGUGGUCUCAUUUGGGUUGAUGUUGAGAACACUAGUCACAGUCUGAAAGAAAAGCAAACAGGUCACCAGCUCAGACCUGGGGCCAGGCAACUGUGGGACCACACGCUCAUCAGCCAAGCCCAGGAGCACCGAGAAGACACCGGGUCCCACAGCACUGCCUCUGCUUUCCAACACGCCGUCAGAAUGCUGGGUGGCCUGGGCCUGACAGCCUGCCCCAACAGCACACACUUCUUUCUUAAAGAUUCCAACCUGGGUUUUGAGACGUGGUCUCACGUGCUCAGGUGGCCUUUUAACUCUUGGGUUCAAGCCAUCCCUGUCUCGGCAUCCCAGGCAGUGCAGACAACAGGUG